UGCUAAAAUGCCACAUAUUAUUCUGCAUUUUUUCAAUUUGUGUAACUUCCAUCUAUUAUUUCAACCCGAUCCCAACAAUAUCUAUCCCUCAUUGGUUGCCACAACAGCAACUACUAGAUUCUCUCACCCGUGAUCUUUCUUUCUAUUCUCCAAAGUUUCAAUCCUUGAUCAAUUCAACCAUGGGAAACGCCCUCAGAUUCCUCUAUUCCAAUUGCUGCAAGCCCACAGCAGCUGGUGAUUCUGAUUCACUUGGACCACAUGGUGUUUCCUCUGCCACCGUUGGUGUUUCAGCACUUGCCCAUGAUCUCUUUCACUUUGAAAACACCUCCCAGGUUCCUGAAGGACUGAGCAAGCAUGUUAAGUCUUCUAAAAAGGCUCAAGCUAACUGGUAUAGAAAGUUAGUGGAUGCUUGGAAAGAGGCAAAACCCCCUCCCAGGACACCUGAAGAAGCAGCUAGGCUUGUUAUUCAGACAUUGAAAAGACAUCAGAAAGCAGAUGUUGAGGGGUUGUUGACUUUCUAUGGUCUUCCUCUACCACACACCCUAGUUGAAGUAGUUGCUCAACCCCCUACAUCGUUGCCUCAUGGAGUACAAUAUGAAAUGCACACCUUGCCGGUGGAUGCAAAAGCAGUGGCAGAUGGUGAUACUGUAACAGUUUAUGUCAGCACAGCAGAUCCCAGGGAAUCAUCAACUGUCCCUGCCAACAUUCAUGCGGCAGCUGUGCGUAGAUCAGAAGCUCGUUCUCGAAGGAAUUAUGAAGAAGCAGAUGCAUUACACAAACAGAUUAUUGAUGCAGGAUAUAGGAUGCUUUCUUUUCAAAACGAGGAAGUCCUAGCUAAGAAGUAUAGGAUUCGACUAAGGGGAAUUGAUGCACCAGAAAGUGCAAUGCCAUAUGGAAAGGAAGCUAAAAUGGAACUGACCAAGGUUCUUCAGGGUAAGUCUUUGAGGGUCCUAAUUUAUGGAGAAGAUCGCUAUGGUCGUUGUGUAGGUGAUAUCUAUUGUAAUGGCAUUUUUGUUCAGGAAUUGAUGCUUAAGAAGGGUUUAGCAUGGCACUACUCAGCUUAUGACAAAAGACCCGAAUUAGAAACUUGGGAGAAAGAAGCUAGAGCAAAGCGAGUUGGAUUAUGGGCUUCAAAAAACCCUGAGAAACCAUGGGAUUGGAGAAAGGACAGAAGAGAAGCUAACUAAGUGUUUGAAAAUCUUUCUGUAAUUGAUUAUGGAGCCAGAAUCAGUUCUGAGGAAAGAAAAGUUGAUCCAAACACAAUAUAACAUUGGCUGGAUAAAAUCACACCAGCGGAAUCCCUAUACACCAGGGUGCCAACAGAGAAUUGAACUUAUCAGUAAAUCCUAGGGAUAAAUUCAAACAAAGAUCCCUCAUUCAUUAUUAAGGGAUCAUUGUUGUAACUUGUAACAGACUAUGUUUAUAUGGAGCAGUUGUGAACUAACUGAUACUAUUGAUGAGGGUGAAAAUCCGUGAGAAGAGUCCCUUAUCUAGGCGAGAGAGUUCAUAUACAACAUAUUACAUGGCAUCAUUGUUCA